AUGGCAGUCGCACAGGAUCAUUGGGCCGCACGAUGGGUUCCUUGUAGUAACGGCGAAGUACCACCAGGUGCAUUCGUGUACGAAGACUACAAUAUCGCUCGGGCGCAAUUUCAAGGAGGCUUGCAAGUUGGAUAUGUUUCGAGAGAACAGAGAGGAUGUGUCAUUAGUUGGGGUGGAAAAGAACAUGUCAUUUCCACGUACGAAGUACUUACGGGAGAUCAAAAUCAAUUUCGAUGGGUUUCAUUUUCAGGAGGCGGUAGGCCACAAAAUUUUAUCCCUUUAAAGGGAGGAUACGAAGCUGAUGGAAAGGAGUUGUACAUCGCCAUGGUAAAUGGGCAUAUUGGAAAAGCCGGACAAGCGCUUUAUAUCCGUGUUAUGGACAAGAACUUCAUGCUUAUGAUUAUGAAUUGUUGGCGUUCUUAUAACUUUACUGUGUCCAAGGAAAUUCCUUUUGGAGAAGAUUCGAAAGAAGCCACCACAUGGGUUAGGGCACAUGAUGGUCAUAUUCCCCCGAACGCGUUCCAUGCUGAUUUCCAUUCUGGUCAAGUUAUUGCCCGAGCACACUUCGAAGGAGGAAUACACGUCGGAUAUGUUGAACCCAGUCGGGGUGGAUGUGUCAUUGGCUGGGGAGGGAAGGAAUAUCUCAUUCAUGAGUACGAAGUACUCACAGGUGAUCAAAAUCAAUUUCGAUGGCAUGAAUGUUCUGGAGCGACACGACCUCAAUUCUUCAUUCCUUUGAAGGCAGGUCAAGAAAAGGAUGGAAAAGAGCUGUACAUUGCUAAAGCAAAUGGGCGUAUUGGUAAAUCCGGUAAACAUUUGAUCGACGGCAUGUCAUACGCUUGUGAUGGGCGUGAGUAUCGCGAGCAAAUGCUUUUCCAAAUUGAUGUUACAGAUGCACAUGUGUUCUAG